CAGGAUGAUGCUGCCGUUGGCCAGCGGUCCAAAGCUCUCACCGCAUCUCCGCAAUCAUUUGCAUAUGAAUCCGAGAUACUGCCUACCAACCAACCAGAGCACAAAGCAUUCUGGAGUCCCUCCCUUGGAAGUCAUAUGCUCUCCCCGUCUAGCUUUCCGAAGGCACAAGGUGUGUUUAUUGUACGCGACAAAUACUGGAACCGUUCAUUGAAAAAUCCUAUUUGCAGUAGGCUAUUUCUUUAAGAAAUCGCAAGCGAGGAGUCUGAGGUAAAUUGGGAACUGGAACAAGGGAAAAAAAACGUCACCAUGGGCUGCGCCGGAUUCACCUGCUCUAAGAAUUCCCUAUGUGCUGUCAACAUCCUCUAUGUUAUGGUGAGCUUGCUGAUGAUUGGAAUCGCUGCCUGGGGGAAAUGGUUUGGCCUGGUCUCUAGCUUUCAGGUAGUGGGGGGCGUCAUCGGAGUGGGGGUCUUCUUGUUCAUUGUCGCCCUGGUCGGUCUCGUUGGAGCCAUGAAGCAUCAUCAAGUCCUUCUCUUCUUUUACAUGAUUAUCCUGUUUAUGGUGUUCGUGGUGCAGUUUUCAGUGUCCAGCGCUUGUCUGGCCAUCAACAAAGACCAGCAGGAGCAACUACUCGAGGUGGGCUGGAACAACUCUCAGAACACUCAGAUUGAUGUGGAGAAGACCCUGAACUGCUGCGGCUUUAAUUCCCCCGUCCUCAAUGGCACUUGUCCCGCUGCCUGUUUCCGUACUUCCAACAUUUGCCCCACAUGCGCUGAUAAAAUCCAAGAGCAUGCAGAUGAGGUGCUGCGUUUCGUAGGAGGAAUUGGCCUUUUCUUCAGCUUCACUGAGAUCCUGGGCGUAUGGCUCACGUACAGAUACAGGAACCAGAAGGACCCGAGGGCCAAUCCCAGCGCCUUCCUGUAGCUCCCAUUAUGGUCUGUGGUUGUCAUGGUGACCCUCCGUUGCAAUCUCCUGCACUUGUCUGAACCCCUGAACUUUUGAAGCUUUGUUUGGAUGUAUGUAUAAAAGUGUGUGGGUGUGUGCGUGUGUGGUUGGUAUGGAGUGGAAACACAUGUUUUCUAACUGCCCUAUGUGCUGGAUUUGCGAGAGUGUAGUGUGUUUGAGUCAAAUGAUUAUGUACAUUAUAACCGUGUUGGUCCAGAAAUAGGACGUUCUUCUUUGAAAACUUGGGAAGUCUGGCAUGAGUAACUAACUCCUAAGUACCCUCUGAUGACCUUGAUCGGCGAAGAAUAAUGUGGUUGAAGUAUGACGGUCCACUGAUAAUGUGAGCUUUAAUGGUUCGGGGAUGAAAACUGCUGCUGUAAUGAAGAUCUUAGUAUCACUUGUGCAUGUGGGACUAAAUGGAAAUGACUACUAUAUUUAUAUGACAUAUUUGAUUUGUAUACCUCCCGGAGGGAGAACUAUCAUUUUGUUUUAUAGCUGCCUUCACAUCUCUCACAAACUGUCAAAGGACUGCAUAACUAUAUAUCAGUCAAGAUUUUGGUCUAGACCCAAAUGCUUUUUUUUGUAGGAACUGGAUGUGUUUUACCUUCAUCUGUAAAAAGUCACGGCAAUAAAAUCCUCAUCAAUGCUGUAUAUCAUUUCUCCGGAAAAUGAAGCAUGAUGUAUAAGAGGGUGUAGUAAUGGAAAUAACAGUACUGAAGUAAAGGGAGAAGAGAAACUAAGCAGAGGGUUAAAGCUUCCUCCCUGGAUUUAAAUCUGAUGACUGGGUCUUACUUGGGAGUGCGUCUUUGGGGCAGGUACUAAUCUCAUUGCGAGGCCGGAUGUCCAGGUGAGUUGCACCAAAUUGAAUUCUCAAGCAUGUCUGGUUUUAACCCUAACUUGACAGCCGUCACAACAUGCAACACAAGUCACUUAUGAGUUAUCUAGCCACUUUAUCAGAAUAUUUCUACCUGGCAGAUGUUGUGGUUUGGCUCGUAUAGUUUUGUUCUUUCUCUUUUGUUGCUUUCUUUGGGUGUAUUAAUGAGAGGAAUGAUGGUAAUAGAACUACUGUCCUCUGAUCGUGUGUGUGUGUGUGUGUGUGGAUUUGGCUUCUUGCAUGAAUUUGGUUUGAAUUAUGUGUAUGAAGGUUCUGUGAACUACUCACCAAAGUGUUAAAAUAAACCUGAAAUAAUA